AUGCUGCUCAGGGUUCUCUUGCUGAGUUUCGCGUCCCUCCCUUGGGUUUGGGGGUCUCAGAGAUGUCAAUGCCACUGCACCUGCCUGGCAGAGCAAGAGAGGAGGGGCUCGCAGGUGCCGAGCAGGCAGACCCGGCAGCUCCGGCAGUACCGCCAACCUAGGCACAGGCACAGGCUAAGAGGUUCCAAGAUCCGUUCAGAAGAGUUUGCACCACAAAUCAUUGACCACCCCUCUGACCUGGUGGUUGGUCAGAACCAGCCUGCUACCCUGAACUGCCGUGCCACUGGAAAUCCAGCACCCACAAUUGAGUGGUAUCGCAACGGAGAGCGCUUGAAAACAACCGAAGAUGACGCUACGUCCCAGCCUACCCUCCUGCCCGACGGGUCUCUCUUCUUCCUCCAAUUCAGCCAGAAGAAGGGCAAAUCAGAUGAGGGCGUGUACAACUGUGUGGCCAGAAACCACCUGGGCAAUGCCACGAGCAAGAAUGCCUCACUCUAUGCGGCAGCUCUGCGGGAAGAUUUUCGGCUUCAUCCCACGGAUUCAGUGGUGACAAGUGGAGAACAACUGUUGCUAGAAUGCAUCCCCCCUAAGGGACAUCCGGAGCCUAAAGUCUCAUGGAAGAAGAAUGGAAUCCCCAUAAACGAGGAAAGUGGACAUUAUGAGGUCUCUGGUACAAAGCUUCUGGUAGCCCAUGCUCUGAAAAGUCAUUCAGGAGCAUAUGUUUGCUUGGCCACUAAUCUGGUAGGAGAGAGAGAAAGCAGAGCGGCCUUGGUGUCUGUCUUGGAAAAACCAGUGUUCACUCGGAGACCUAGUGACAUUGCGGCCAAACUUGGAAGCACCGUCCAGUUCAUGUGUGGAAUCCAUGGAGACCCAAUGCCCACUGUCCAGUGGCACAAAGAAUAUGGAGAGCUUCCCUCAGGAAGGUAUGACAUAAGCCAAGAAAACACCCUUCAGAUUCGCCAUCUGAUAGUGUCCGAUGCUGGGAAAUACAUCUGUAUCGCCUACAAUCAGGUGGGGAUCAUCUUUGCCAAGGCAUCUUUAACAGUGCAAGAUCUCCUGGACACUGGCCAGAAUGAGCAAGACUUGGCAAAAGGGUUGGCAAAAGGCCAAAACAUCAGGGUUUACCUGGCAAACGUUACUGCCGUUCCCUCCGCUCCUGCAGCCCACCUGCACUGGAAGGUCAUCCCUACUUCCCAGCACAUAGAAGGUUACAUGGUCCUCUACCGUGCACUACUCCCUGUGAACACACAUUGGGCUGAAUGGAACAUCCCAAGAGACCACCAGGCUAUUGUUCCAGCACUUGAAAGAGGCUACAAGUAUGAAUUCAAAGUGCGACCGUAUGCAGGGAAGUUCCAUGGCUCAGACAGCAAUACAAGACAUCUCUGGAUCCCGGAAGAAGUGCCCAGCGCUCCUCCUCAGAGCAUCAGCAUUACCAUGUCCCAAGAUGGGAAUGGCUCUGGGAUAGUCCUCUGGGAGCCUCCGCCGCAUGAUGCACACAACGGCAUCAUUAAAGGGUACCAGGUCUGGUUCCUGGGCAAUGAGACACAUCAGGGCUCUAAUAGGACUGUAGAUGGAGGAACGCACAGUCUGGAAGCAACAGGACUGGGUUACGGGCUAAAAUACUGCGUCCGGGUAGCAGCCAUAAAUGGAGCAGGAGUCGGAGUGGCCAGUAACCCUGUAUGCAGCGCCCUAGAACCUACAGUGGGGAAAAUGGCAAAGAUUCCUGAUUUCCUGUCUGCCAACUACAUCCUGGAAGUGAUGCGCCAGCCGGUCUUCAUCGCCAGUGUGGGCUCUGCGCUCUGGAUCAUGCUGAUGGUGCUGGCGGUUUACGUUUGCCAACAACAAGCCCGACAGCACAGCAAGAGACGGCAGUAUGGUCUUGGUGAAGGUUUGUACAGAAAUGCAAGUGCUGACACCAUCAUCAAACACAGGGUAGACUCAAGUGAUUCCCCCUGGCUUUCCAACACGUGGAAGUCCACCUCUGGUUCCAAGAACUACAGCAGCAGCCUGAGCAGCCAACUCCUGUGGACUGAGCCCAAAGACAACCAGGACUUCCACAAAUCGACCGUGUCCUGUGACGGGCAGAGCCAAGGAUCUCACACCCAGGCUGUUCCUCUGGCUCCUGACAGCAGCAGCAGCAGCAGCCUGUACGGAGCCCUCUAUGUAGACCUUCCUGCAAAAGACCUGAAGACCUUCUACGGCGCUCCUUUGCCUCACCUGUCCAGCCCCAGCCUGCCAAGCAUGGAACUGGCACGACCAGGUGACCAGAGGCUCCUCCCUCUCUGCAGCCAGAAUCUGAGGAUAGAUAACGCCAAAAUCCGGGGAGCAGUACGGCAAGGGAAGGGGGCCAGUCCCUCGUCUCCAAACCUUAUCCUCCAGGCAUCCUGGGAAAAAAACAGCAAGAAAGAGCUGCAACAAGUACACAGCACACCUACGACUCCAUCUGGCUUUUCGACAGACUGGAGCAACCACAGCAGCCGGAUCAGUGGCCUCAUCUCUGGAAAGCACCACAGAAUCCCUGGGGAAACGAAAAAGGUGCUGAAGACAUACAGCUCCCCAAAGUUCUCACAGGGCAGCGCCUCGCAGAACGUCACUGUUCUGUUGCCUCCGCCUCCUCCAAUCCCUCCGGGCUUUCAAGUUUCCCAAGAUCACAGCACCCAGCAAGAGUGUACCUGCACUUGUUACCUGGAGCCUCCUGCAGCCUCGGUACUCCAGCAACAGGGCGAGGAUUCCCCGCGGACAACCAAGGGGUCCCCAAGAGAAAGCCAAGACUUCCCCACUCUGCCAUACAACCGCCUCUCUGCAGCUUCAAUCUCUGCGUCCCUCAUUGACGACAGGGAGACGGUGCUUACCCCGGACGAAGUGGCUGAAUACCUGGAACUCAGCGAGGAGGCCGAUUGUCCAAGGCAGAAGAGCGAUGGCUCCUCCGCUCACCCUUGGGCUUUCUCUGCACCUCAUACCUAUGGAUACAUCUGUGGCCAGCUGGCCUCACAGCUGCUGGAUACGGAUGGUGCCGAUGAGGACGAAGACCCUGACUUGCAGGAGGGGGGCUGCCAUCCCACGAAGUUCUUCCGGGGUUUCUGCAGGACUCCCUCGUCCAGCCUGAGCGAGGAUGAAGCUUCCCUGGGGGGCUCCCUGCUCAACGGGUGGGGCUCCGUCUCAGAGGACAACGGCACCAGUACCCGCUGCAGCCUGGUCAGCUCCUCCGAUGGCUCCUUCCUCCUGGAUGCCAAUUUUGCUCAGGCCCUGGCUGUGGCGGUGGACAGUUUCUGCUUCGGGCUGGCUCAGAGGGAGGCGGACAAAGCACUGACAGACUUCUUGCCCUCUGCUUCUCCUCCCGAUGGAAUCAUGCAUCCGCAUGCUACUGCAGAGAGCUUGGAGGAUGCUCGGCAGAAGCCCAGACCACAGCCCUUUCCUGUAUGGGAGUGGAGCACAGACUGGGUGAACGAUAUGGAAGCCAAGUACAUGCAGGCAGCUGAGAACUGGAGCAGCACCCCAGAGUUUGGAGAAAAAAAGGCAGCCCUGGAAGAGACCCAGAAACUCGCACUCCCCUUGCAGGGGACAAACGGUGCCUGCGAGUCUGACUUGAUCAGCUACCCAGACGGAGCAGUGGGUGCCAGCCAGGUCUCUCUCACUCGCACCCAGAACGCAGGGUCAGGAGCCUUUGCCGUUCCUAAAGGAGGCGAGGAAGCGCCAAUGGGAAAGCCCGCCAUUCAGAAACAAGGGCUGGAAAGCAGUCCUUGA